CUAUCUUUUUUCCCAUUGUGUAUUCUUGCCUCCUCUGUCUCAGAUUAGGUGACCAGGUAUGUGUGGGUGAUAUACUGAUAUCUUAAAUUAUGGCAUAUUUAUUAAUCCAUUUACAGAAAGGAAGCAUAGAAACCCAAAAUCAAUGGAUGAGAAAAAUUUUACCACAGUGAAGGAGUUCAUACUUUUAGGAUUUACGACAGACCCGUGGUUACAGAGACUUCUCUUUUACAUCUUCCUGAUCAUUUAUAUCAUCAGUCUUUUAGGGAACAUCACCCUGAUUUCUCUGAUCUGUUCUGAUUAUCGGCUCCAUAUACCCAUGUAUUUCUUCAUUGGAAGUCUGUCAUUCCUGGAUCUCUGGUAUGCUUCUGUCUAUGCCCCCCAAAUCCUGAUGACCUGCAUCUCUGAUGACAAACGCAUCUCCUUUGCUGGCUGCCUAGCUCAAUUCUUCUUUGCUGCUGGAAUGGACUACACUGAAUGUUAUCUGUUGGCUGCCAUGGCUUAUGACCGCUAUGUGGCCAUCUCCAACCCCUUGCUUUAUUCCCAGGCCAUGUCUCCAAGUUUAUGUGCCAGUCUUGUUGCAGCAUCAUAUUUUGGUGGCUUUGUGAACUCAACCAUCGUCACAAGUGAAACAUUUACCUUGAACUUCUGUGGGGACAAUGUCAUUGAUGAUUUCUUUUGUGAUCUGCCUCCCCUUGUCAAAUUGGCCUGUGAUGUGAAGGAAAGCUAUCAGGCUGUGCUCUAUUUCUUGCUUGUCUCUAAUGUCAUCACUCCCACUGUGUUUACCCUUGCCUCCUAUCUCUUCAUCAUUGCUGCCAUCUUGAAGAUCCGCUCCACCCAAGGCCGCGUGAAGGCCUUCUCCACCUGCGGCUCUCACCUGACAGCUGUCACCUUGUACUAUGGGUCAAUUCUCUUCAUUUACUCCCGGCCAAGAACGAGCUAUGCCCUGGAGAGGGAUAAAGUGGUGUCUGUGUUCUAUACAGUGGUGAUUCCCUUGUUGAAUCCCUUGAUCUAUAGCUUAAGAAAUAAAGAUGUUAAAGAUGCCUUGAGGGAAAUGAUAGAGAAAGCAGUUUCUUAAACAAAGAGUGUUUUUUUUUAAAUUUUUUUAUUUUUUACAGAUUAAUCUCUACAUCAUUAAUGACAUCUUGCAGUCUCAGAAAUAAAUAAAAAAGAAAACAAAGAAAUUAGUAAAUAAUGUGGAAAUACCAGCCUGUAUUUUUUUUUUUCAGUUGACAAUAAUGUAUGUGAAUAUGCUUUUGAAAUAAACGGGCUGGAUUCUGAGAAUUUUGUGAGAGAUUAGAUUUCUAAAAUGGUAUUCAUGGUUGCCUGCAUAUAUACUAUUUUAAUCUAUGAAAUCUUAAUCUAUGAAGUGAAGUGAAGUGAAGUGAAA